CACUAUCACAUGAAUCUGGACUCAGUGGAUGUGAAAAAAAAAAGUUUGGAGGUCUCGCUGAAAUCACUUUUCUCCCAGUCUCAUAGUACAUCAGUGUGUUUUUUCCACUUGCGGAGGCUGUUAGUUCAGAGUUGGCAUCGGAAACACUAUUUUCCCGGCUGUGAUUUCUUCCUCCUAUUUAUUUCUUGCAGGAAUAUACAGAGAGAGAGAGGGAGAGGGGGUGACACGGUCUGGCUGCUUGAAGAUUUGUUUCGACAAUAAACUUUGGCGACAUGGACGCGCAUCGUGGCGCGCCUCCUGCCGGGCAGCAAGUCGUGCACGUCCGCGGGGACUCGCAGACGGAGCUGGAGGCCCUCUUCAAUGCGGUGAUGAACCCGGGAAAGGCGGGCAAGCAGCCGGCCUCUCUACCCAUGAGGAUGAGGAAGCUGCCGGACUCCUUCUUCAGGCAGCCGGACCCCCGAGGCCACUCCAGACAAGCCAGUUCAGAUGGAGGCGUGUGCAGCUCCCUCACUCCUCAUCACGUCCGCGCCCAUUCCUCCCCUGCCUCCCUCCCAGUCAACUCCCUCUCUACCCAAGCUGCAGAUGUAGCAGUGACACCGAACAUACCUGACGAUGUGCCGCUCCCCCACGGUUGGGAAAUGGCCAAAACGCCUACUGGCCAACGGUACUUCCUCAACCACCUGGAUAAGACAACUACCUGGCACGACCCUCGGCUUUCACAGCUUCAGUCGGCCCCAGCUCAGCUUCCUAUCUCUGGUGCUCCAGUCCAUGCCCACUCCCUCAGCAAUCCAGCCCCCGCUACGCAGCCACAAAACAUCAAUCCAGAGACAGGUCCACUGCCUGAAGGCUGGGAGCAGGCUGUGACUGCAGAUGGAGAGGUGUACUACAUCGAUCACAUAAAUAAGACCACCACAUGGGUCGACCCGCGUCUAGCCCAGAAGAUGAACCCCAGCAUCCUUGGCUUGGUAAUGCAGCAAAGGCAGGAAAAGGAAAGGCUCAGAUGCAAACAAGGCCUGCCUCAUCAAAUCACAGCACAGGACGCAGGAGGAAGGAACCAGAUGCUAGGUGGGAUGGACCAUGACAGGAAUGCACAGACACUUCUCCCAACUUUGGAUGUGAGGAUCAGAGCCUCGAACCAUGAACCUACACUUAAUGGCGCUCACUCUCGCAACGAGAGCACUGACAGUGGUCUGAGUGUCAGCAGUUUACCCCGCUCCUCGGAUCACAUGUUGAGCUCUGUGGAUCACAUGGACACCGGUGACUCUGGUGAGACCUCCUCGAUGAGCCUACAGGAGUCGAUGCCCGUGCUCCCGAUGUCCGAGGGCGAGGAGCUUAUGCCCUGUAUCCCAGAGAGUCUCGGCUCAGACCUUCUGAUGGACAUGGAGACUGUUCUGUCUGGGUCACACAUGGACAGAGACACCCUGCUCACCUGGCUAUAGACGUGCUCACCCGCUGCUGAAAUAUGGCUUGACAUCAAAUCAUCAUACUAUGACUGAGAAUUCUGGAGGAUGUUCAGCUUCAGAGGUGGUACAGAACAACAUUAUGAGAGAACAUGCUACUGUUGUGUGGCCAAUACCUAACACUACUCACACCCUGAGGAAUGAAAACACCUGACCCUCACAGAAGGUGGUAAGCUGCUGGUAUUCUCCUCUUUUUGGGCCUAGUUUUACAGAAAUGCAUGACAGAGCAUCAGUAUUUUUACAGCACUCUUUUCUUUUUUAGUCAGCUCCUCAGAGGUGCUCCCGACGUCACUGGUAAAGUGAGUCACAGCUAAUUUUAGAGCACAGCUUUCUUUUAUUAUCCCCACUUGGGUAACACUGUUCACAGGAGACUUUUACAGAGUCAAGUCAGUGAAAUCUGUGUGUAGCAGUUACAUAAACACUAAAAAAAAGAAAUGUGUUUGGUUUCGUGAUCAAUGUUAAAAUAACAUAGAAGUUGUACAAAAGAUAUUUAACAGUACACAUUGCCCUUGGUUACUUCACAUAGCCUGUGGGAUAGAAGAGCAACAUCUACUGUGGUGCUACUACCUCUAAGCAGCAUGUUGUUUGUUAUUUUAACGCAUGUUCAUGUUUCUAACAAGUGUCAGGACUGAGAGCAAGAGAUGGAUCAACUAAUAUAUCUGGAUUAACACUUCAUUGGUUCCUUAAAACCAAAAACCACCUGUCAAAGCUCACACUAUGCUGUGGGAGAGGAUGCACCCUUGUGGUGAACCAGUAGAAGAUUAAGAAUAUUAAGAAUUUUCUCUCAAACUUGCCAGUUAAAAUGCAAAAAACAAAACAAAGCGAAACAAAAAACUCAUACAAAAUGUCUCUGUGGAAAACUGUGGUGCUGCACAAACAAAGAUAGUAACACUUUCAAGGAUAAGUUUUAUCUUCUUUCCAAUAGAACAAAUCUUUCAGACAAAUCAAAACCUGUUAAAAGCUUUUAGAGAAAUAAAGGCUACAGAAUAGUGCCACCAUGUCUUAGCUAAAGCUACAACAGGACCCCCUUUACACUGAGUAGCAAUGCAGUAAAUGAACGCAUGGCCAGUAUAAUGCAAUCCAGCACAAUACUGGGUUUCCUCUAGGAAACCCUUAUCCUGACACAUCUGGGCUUGUGAUCACCUUGGUUAGUAGACAAAUGCGUAAAAUACAGCCCCACUAAAUACAUGGCUUUUGUUGUGUAAAAUAGCACAUCAGUUCUUUUUCUUUUUUGAUUUUAUCUUAUUAAAGUGUGUUUAUAUUUUAUAACGGUAACCCGCACCUACUUUAAAACACUACAGGAACCACCUUGCUAUAAAAUCACCUUUUUAAUGUUACCAUUACUGUUAAUUCUGUUUCACCUUUUGUUGUUGUAAUGAAUUGCAUUUUACUGUAGAAUGUUCCAGUCAUUUUCUCCACUACAACAUUGAAUAUAAGCUUCACAAAAGUAUUUGUUUUUAAAUUAUUUUGGGGCUUUUCAUAGCCUUUAUUCUGUACUAGAUUACAGAGAGCCAGACAGGAAUUUCUGCCAUCAAGGCCUCGGUGGGUUUCUUACAUAUAUGAAAAAUAUUCGCCAGUACCCUACAAACUUGGAAAUGAAAAAAUGUUAUACCUUUCUUCAUUUUACCCACAUUUGACUUGAUACAUUCCUUCCCUUCUUUUAUUCACAUUUUAAUUCAUUCAUUCAGUGCUGAUCAGGCGUGUUCCAUCAAUCAGUUCAUUUUGUCCUUUGUCACUCCACCCAAUCUAAGGUGGUAUCUAUAGUUGGAAAACAAGCAGGGCAGCAUCACUCAAGGACCGGGACUGGCCACCACUGAAUUAGCAGGCUCUCGAAACUUAUGAGUUAUAUCAAUCACUCAAAGUGAAUAUCAUAGCUGCAUGAUUUUUUUAAUUCUUCCAUUAUUGUGAUGAUGCAAAUGAAUUGUAGAUUGAUUUGAAUAACACUGUAAUCCCACACAAUGAUAAUGUUACACUGAUAAAAAAACAACAUGCUUGAUGCAGUGAAUUGUUUCUUACUUUGAGAACACGCACAGUGAGGUGCAGACCAGUAUAAGUAAUAGACAUAAUGCUUUUGUACACACUGAAGUGCACAUAACCCUAACACCUAACCCAAGCACACGAUACUAUUUGUCCAUUUAUCCAUUCACACACAAUUAUUCAGACACCAAUGGCAGUGGCCAUCCAGGGCAGCUUGGGGUUUCAUUAUCUGCCCAAGGAUGCUUUGACAUGUGCACUGAAGAAACUGGGGAUCGAACUGCUAAUCUUACAGUUGGGGAACAAAAAUUACAAUAUGUCGCACAAAUUUUCGUCCAUUUCUCCAAAUAUUUUCAGCGGCCUUGGCUGUCUGGGAUUUCCAUAUAUACUGGUCAGUCAUGACUGAUAAAAUACUACAGAUUGUUUUGUUUUUUUUAACUGCCUUUAAUAUGUGGCUGUUUAUGAUUGCCACAGCACAAUUAGCCAUCUCAUUAGGUAUGGAAAUACAGUGUAUAACCCACAUAAUGUGAUUUAGCACAGAUUUUUACGCUGUAAUCCCUUCCUGAUACAACCUUCCCAUUUUAUUCGAGCAUGGGACUUGCACUAGUGCCCUGGGUUGCUCAAACCUAGUGGCUGGGUGUGAUGCAUUGCCUGGGAUGCAAACCCCAGCCUUCUGGGGCACUGUCUCUGGACCACCAGUAAAUCACCAUAGAUAACAUAUAUAUAAAAAACCAUAUUAUCACUAACCUUUUCUUAAAAAAAUACACUUUACAAAAUACCAUUUGUUGAAAUAAAACUUGCAAGAGAAAUAUAAAUGACCUUAAGUGUAACAUGAUGUCAUCUUUUCUGAAUAUCCUCUGGUUAACACAACCUCUUAUUUUAAUCCAGUAAUGGGUUUUCAAUACAAACCUUAUUAAAAUACAGUAUGCUGAAAUCCUUUCCAUUUCUAAUAUUUAUGAAUAACCCUAACCAAUUUCAUUGUCAGUCUACAGUUAUGAAAUUCAUUAGCAUAUAGAAAAAGUCUGCUGUGGUAAUGAACUUUACCACAAAAGCAAGUUUCAAGAUGCUCCUAAUAGAUUUUGUAUUCUCUGAACAUGUAUGGAUUAGAUUCCUGAAACUGUUGAAAUGUGCAUUCGAGUGUCUAAAGUAGAGCAGCGGGGUGUCAGUGAUGGAAAAUGUAUGUGGAUUUAUGUAAAUGGACUAAAACAUGCAAAAAUCACAGGUAUAAUCCUUUAGAACAUGUGCCAUUGAGAUGUUAGUUUGCUACUACUCUGUAGAGUGACACAUUUCCUCUGUCCUUGGCUCAUGUUUUCCUCUCUUAAAGGGGUUUUUAGGUGGGAAUGAGGAAAAUAUUGUGCAUCAAAAACUGGCUUCAGACCCAUUUGGUGAGUUAUGACAUAAGUCAAGGACCCAGUUGUGUUUCCUCAGAAAAGCAACUUACUAACUGCGGACUGUGUUUCCUUAUGUUUUGUUCUAACUGCAAGCGCUGUCUGACGCUGUAAUACAGAAGACAAUCGUCAAUAUGGGAAGCUCAGUAAUUCUCCUCUAGUUAACUAUAUAUUAAGUAUAUAUUCUGUUUCUCUCUGCUGGGUUGUUUCUGCAGUGUGUUUGUAUUUUAUUGGAAUUUGAAGUUGCUAAUUAUUGGUGAGAGUAUUUCUUCUAACCAGCUUCCUUUUUAUAUAAACAGUAUAUAGAGGCAAAUACUUUAU